AUGGAGGGGAGUUCAACUGAAGAUGUUCAGAAAUUAAAUCCCAAAAAUCAUAGCUCUAUUUAUAGGCCAAAAAAAUGGUUUCAUGCUCUUUCUAUCAGAUAUUUGAGUUUUGGGUUUAUUUCCCCAUAUAUGAAAUUGAAGGAUACCGAAUUGAUGAAAGAAGAAGAUUUGCCAGAAAUUCCUUUAAAAGAUAAUCCAUUUAAAUUAGGAAAACAUUUAGAAGAAGCGUUAAGAAGAGAGGAAAGAAAUGCAAUUCUAGCUAAAAGAGAACCCAAUUUAAUGAGGGCUUUAUUGAAAGCAUAUUAUCCAUUUAUUAUAAUAUGUAUUUUUUCAUUAACAAUAAUAGAUAUUAUUCGCUUUUCUGUUGGAUUUAUUAUUAAAAGAAUUGUAGCAGAUUUACAAAAACCUAUGCCACUUAAAGAAGAUGAAAAGUUUAAUUCAGUCAUUAAUUUUCUCAUGGUUUUUUUAAUAAUGGUAUUCUCAUCUAUUUCAAUUCCACAUAUAGUUUUUUUUCAAUAUAGAUAUAUAUUUCGAAUAUAUUCAAGUUUGGCAACAAAUAUUUUGUGGAGAGGUUUAAAAAAGUCUGGAGGCUUGUUGGUUAGAAAAAGCAUUGAAAAAAAUGGUUUAAUACCUCCUAAUGUAAUGGAUAUGAAUUUGAUUAAAAAAAUUAAUGAUGAUCAGCAUCAUUCAAAUAGAUUUUGCCAUUUUUUAUCAUCACUUGGUUGUUUUAAAUCAAAAAAUUUAUCCUCGAAAGAAAUUGAAAUGAAAGAUUCACUAAAAAAAGAAGAUAGUAUUUCAAGUUCUAAUGAAGGUGGAAAUUCUGAUCAAAUUGAAUUAAAGAAUUAUCAGAGUCAUGCAAUCAGAUUAAAUUAUAUUAAUAUAUACAAUGUAAUGAUGGGAGACUUGUUUCCAUGCUCUAUUCUACUGGGUAAUUUAAUCAGCGUAAUAUUAUUUCCACUUAGAGUAAUCCUUGCUAGUUAUUCAAUUUCCAUUAUCUUAAAAACAUCAUUACCAAAUAUAGAUAACAAUUUGGGUUGGAUAAUAAAUAUAUCUUUAAUAUCAUGCAUCUCAACUUUAACUAUAUUUAUUUCUAUCAGUGCAAUAUUCCAAAUUAAAAGUGGAUUUUUGAAAAAGCCAUUAUUUUUUGCCAAAGAUUGUAGACUUGAUGAGCUGCGAUAUAUACUUUCAAAUAUCAGAACAAUAAAGCUUUUAAAUUGGGAAAGUUUUGUUUACAAAAAUUUGGUAGAACUAAGAACAUUUGAAAUGUAUUGGAGAGGAAAAAGGUUGUGGUUGUCCGGAUUCUCAGAAGUACUCAGCUUUUGUUCGAGUUAUUUUUCACAAGCUGUAUUAUUUACAUGUCUUGGAAUGUUAUUUAAAAAAUACUUUGGACAAUUCUCAAUUCCAGCUACAGCAACGGUACCCAUAAUUUUUUCUUUAAAUACAUUAUUUACCUCGGUAAAUAUGCUCCCAGAAGAACUUGGAUUUGUAGUACAAGGAUUUGUAAGUUUGGGAAGAAUACAAACCUUUCUAUUUUCAAGAAUUUAUGAUUAUCCUCUUUUAAUGGAUAGAGAGUUUAUUGCUACUGAAACUAACAAAAAAGUGGCUUAUUGUGUUAAUAAAAAGAAUAAAAAUAAAAUUAAAAAAGAAGAUAUCGAAAAAAUUCAAUAUAUUGAAAAACAAAUAAUAGAAAAAGAAUUACAAAAUAUUGCUUUGUGGUAUAUAGAUGCAACUUUUUCUAGACAAAUAUAUGAUGAUCCUGUAUAUAGAUAUCUUCAUCAAAUUGGUUAUUUAAGAUCAUGUGGAGGAAUGGAUCUUGUAUAUAAGCAAAUUUACAAUCAAAAUAAUCAACAAGGAAAUUGUAUUUUAGAUAUUGAUAACAAUCAAAAUAAUCAACAAAAAUCACAAUUGGUGAAUAUGACAACUUUAACAGAAAUUGCAUCAUUUAAAAAAAAGAGUUCUUUUGAUAAACAAAAUCUUGAGAAGAUUCUCAGAUAUUUUGAAAAUACUAAUGAGAAUAAUUCAUUAGUUAAUUGGCAAUCUUUUGAUUUUGAUAUUAAUACUGAAUCAGAUUUUAGAAUGUUAGGAAAACUAAAUCCAUGUUUAUUGGAUUUAAAUAUUAAAGUUAAUUAUGGCGAAAUAUGCUUUAUUAUUGGAGAUCAUGGGGCUGGUAAGACAACCUUUAUUGAAGCUAUACUUGGUGAUUUAUUUAGAAUUAGAGGAGAUACUUAUUUAGGUACCUAUAUUCAUGAAAUGAAUAAUACUAAUGAAAGAAAUAUUGAUAUUGUUAAUUCAAAUCCAUGGAUACCUUUUGGUACUUUUAAAGAAAUAAUAUUAGCAGGUAGAGAAUAUAAUCCACAAAUAAUGGAGUGUGUUAUUCAAGUUUGCCAAUUAAUAACAGACUUGAAAAUGUGGCAAUUAGGUUAUAAUCAUCUAAUUGAAGAAUAUGGUAAUAACUUGAGUAAUGGUCAAAAAGCAAGAGUAUCUUUGGCUAGAUCUAUAUAUCAGAACUACCUUAAUAUUAGUAAUCAUGAUAAUAAUGUAGAAAGUCUUGAAAAUAAUUGUUUUAGAAGAAAGAAAAGGAUAAUAUGUAUGGAUUCUAUUUUUGAACAUAUGGAUCCAAAUGUAACUAUGGGUAUAUUGAAUUCACUAUUUUCUAAAAAAAUACAUGAGGGAAAUUCAGAUAUUAUGAAAUAUGAUAAAUUGGUAUUAGAUACUGUCAUACCUUCCAGAAGAAAAAAAGAUUAUGCAGUCUUUAUAACUUUGAAUGAGCCUACUCUAUCUUACAUUAUGAGAAAAAACUGUUUCCAGACUGAUUAUAAACUCAGAUUUUUCAGGAUUAGUGAAAUGACAAUUAAGGAGAUGUCAUAUAGUCAGAUUUUUGAUGAUAUUAUCUUAAAAUCAGUCGAAAAUUUUGAAUAUUUUUCAGAAUCUAGUGAUUCUGUCGAAAAUCUUUCACAUAUAAAGAGUUUAUUUCAAUCUAAGAUCCAAGAUCAAGUCCAAAACCAAAAUCAAAAUCAAAAACAAUGUGAGAAACAACAAGAAAAAAAUAAUCCAGAGGAAAAGAAAAUUAAGGAUCUUGAAAUCAUAAAAAUAGCUUCCAAAGAGAACAAGACAUCAUGCUCUAACUCAAGAAGGAGUUCAUUAAGCACUCCAAGAAUCUGUUUUGGUGAAAAUGGAUUGCUUAAAGCAAUGGAAAUAGAAGUUUGUAAAUUAAUAUCAAGAUCUAAGAGUUUUGAAGUUUUAAGUAAUGGUAAUCGUAAUCAUUUUAAUGAAAUUGAAAAUGGGAAUGGUAGUAUUUAUAGUUUGGUUGGUGCUCCAAAUACUUUUGAUGAGAAUUUUUUGGAGUUAUCAGGACAUGUUAAGCUUGAAAGUUAUUCAUGGUAUUUAUUUGGUUUUUUUGGUAAAAAGAAUAUUAUUUCACUGGUAGUUUUAUUUAUUUUAUUAUCUUUAUUGAUUUGCUCUAUUGAUAUAAUAGUAAUUCUUUGGAGUGGAACUGAUUUGGAUAUGAGAAGGGAGAUGAUGUUGAAGAAACAAUUUAAUUAUGAAGCUAUUUCAAAUUUAGGAUUCAAAUAUAUGAUGAUAUUUAUUGCAGUUACAAUAAUAGCAUCUAUUGUAAAGAUUAUUGCUAUUUAUAUUGAGAUUAACUCAAUCUUAAAAUCUGCAAUUAUUCUACAUAAUAAGAUACUAUUUGAAAUGAUUACAUCCCCAUUAACAUUUUUUGAUUCAUUAGAUUCCCAAUCUUUGGUUAAUAUUUUUUCAAUGGAUCUUGGUAUUAUUGAUGGUGAAUUAAAUCUUGGAAUUAUCUUAAAAUUUUGUUCAUCAAUGGCUUCUCAAGGAUUUAUUAUUUGGUCCAGUCCAAUUUGUAUAUUAAUAUACCCAAUAUUAAUUUGGUAUUAUUUCAAAUAUAUAUUUAAACCAACUAGAAUUCAGACAAGAGAAAGUUAUAGAUUUUUAUUAAAUACUUAUGGUCCUUUAUGUAAUAAAACUGAGUGCAAUAUAAGAGGAUCUUCUACAAUAAGAAAUAUGGGAUUUUCAGAAUAUUAUAAGAAAGAUACAAGUAAUAUAUUGUAUAUUCUUCAAAGAACUUUCUAUUAUAGUUAUGCUAUAGGGAUUUGGAGAUUAAUUAGAACUUUAUUUUUUGGUAUAUUAUUAAUGUUUAUGUUAUUUAUAUGUCCAACUAUUUCAAGGAUUCUCAAUUAUGAGCUUCCUUUAUGGAUUACAAGGUUUGCACACAGUUUUCAAUCAGCCUUACUUUCAAGCUUUUUGGUACUUUCACUCACAGUUAUUAUUUCAUUCCCUAAUACUAUUACAUCUUUAAUUACAGACUUUAUUGAUUUGGAGAAGAAUAUGUGUUCUGUUCAGAGAUUUCAAAUACUUGAGAAACAGAUUAAUCAUGCAAUAUUUAUUGAAAAGAGUAAAAGUCAGUCAUCUAUUGGUACUUUUAGUGAGACUAAUGCUUUAAACUAUGAAUUUAAUCAGUCAAAAUCAGAAAAGUUAUUAUUAGAUUCUUCUUCUUCUUCUUCUUCUUCUUCUUCUUUUAGCAAUUUACAAAGAAAAGAAGAAGGACUAAUAAUUAACAACAUUGUAAUGUCUUAUUAUAACAACUCUAAUGUAAUAUUUAAUAAUUUGUAUAUGUCAAUCCAACCAGGAGAACAUGUUGGUUUAAUUGGAAGAACAGGGUCAGGAAAAUCAUCUUUGUUUCAAUGUAUAUUGGGUAACUAUAAGUUGGAUAGUGGUUUUAUUUCUUUGGAUGGAAUUAAUAUUGAAUUAAAUAAUAAUAACAUUCAUUUAGGUACAAAUACAAAUAUUAAUAAUAAAAUAGAUGGUUUUAUUAAGGAUAUUCCAAUGCAAACGUAUGGUCAUAUUAUAUUUGAAAAUUCUAUGAAAGAAAUGUAUAAGAAUAGUAUUGGAAAAAAUCAAUUAAUAGGUUACAUACCUCAAAAUAGUAUAUUUAUUAAGAAUUGGAGGGUAAGAGAUUAUAUAGAUCCCUUCCAAGAGUUUUCAGAUGACGAAAUUUGGAAGGGUGUAAAAGAUUUAAGCUAUGAGCCAUUAUUUAAAGAUUUACCAGAUGGAUUAGAAUCUAUUGUAUAUUCUGAUAAUUAUUCUGGAAAUAUCAAUAAGAUGACUAAUAAUAGUAAUAAUAAUAAUAAUAAUAAUAAUAAUAAUAAUAAUAACAAUAAUAAUAAUAAUAAUAAUAAUAAUAUGGAUUACAUUAACCACAGAUAUUUAUUUUCACUAUCUCAGUUACGUUUAAUUUCUCUUUUAAGAGUUUAUUUAAAUUCUUCAAAAUAUAAAAUAAUAUUAGUGGAUGAACCUCCAAUUAUUCAUAAUAAGAAUGAAAAAACGAAAGAUUUAAAGAUAAAUGAAAAAACUACAAUUAAUAUAAAAAUUCAUCAAGAUAAGAUUAAAGAUACUGGAACUAGACGUCAGAUCAAUAUAAAAUUUAAUAAUAGUUUUGAUUAUGAAAUUGAUAAUAAUUUAAAAUAUAAUAAUGAUGAAGAAAACUAUAAUGAUUUAUCAAAUUUUGUUUGUAAUGAAAAUGGAAGUAAUAAAAGCAAACUCCCAUCAAUAUCUUAUUUAAUAAAUAAGUAUUUCAGACAUUGUAUAGUAAUAAUAAUAGCUCAUCAUAUGGAAUCUAUAGAAUUUUGUGACAAAGUAUAUAUAAUGGGUAAAGGUAAUAUAGAAAAAAUCAUAGAUCUAAAAGAAAAUAAUAACAAUGAAAAUUUACAGAAUAUAUUCAAAUUAAUUCAAAGUUAG